GCGAAUUCUUCCUUCCCCCGGGUAAACUCCCGGGCUGAGAAAUUGGUUCCGAACCCAACGGAACCCAGCGCUGGGCGCCGCCGGGUCACGUGGCUGGCGGCCUCAUGACGAGCGGGCUGCGAGGCGUCACCGUGACGUUCGGGCGACCUGCCGAGUGGCCCCGCUACCUCCACCACCUGUGCGGUGGCGGUGGCGUGAUGGACCUGGGCCCGAUGCGCAAGAGUUACCGCGGGGACCGAGAGGCAUUUGAGGAGACUCAGCUGACCUCCCUGGACCCCAUGAAGCAGUUUGCUGCCUGGUUUGAAGAGGCUGUCCAGUGUCCUGACAUAGGGGAGGCCAAUGCCAUGUGUCUGGCUACCUGCACCAGAGACGGAAAACCCUCUGCCCGCAUGGUGCUGCUGAAGGGCUUUGGCAAGGACGGCUUCCGCUUCUUCACCAACUUCGAGAGUCGGAAGGGAAAAGAGCUGGACUCCAAUCCCUUUGCUUCCCUUGUCUUCUACUGGGAGCCCCUCAACCGUCAGGUGCGCGUGGAGGGCUCCGUGAAGAAGCUGCCUGAAGAGGAGGCUGAGUGCUACUUUCACUCCCGCCCCAAGAGCAGCCAGAUUGGGGCUGUGGUCAGUCGCCAGAGUUCUGUGAUCCCUGAUCGGGAGUAUCUGAGAAAGAAAAAUGAGGAACUGGAGCAGCUCUACCGAGAACAAGAGGUGCCAAAGCCAAAGUACUGGGGUGGCUACAUCUUGUACCCGCGAGUGGUGGAGUUCUGGCAAGGCCAAACCAAUCGUCUGCAUGACCGGAUAAUCUUUCGGCGGGGCCUGCCAACAGAAGACUCCCCUCUGGGGUCCAUGACCCACCGUGGGGAGGAAGACUGGCUCUAUGAGAGACUUGCACCCUGACUUCCAAUCUGCUGGCACCAACUGGAGCUGGGGCCGGGUGCUAAGAGAGGGUGUGGGAUGGCGAGUGGGACCCUUCUAAACUCAGCCCAUUUCCCUCCCCACCCCUUAUAUUUAAGGCUCUUCAGAGUUCAAGCUCCGAAUUCUGUAUUUUUGGUUAGCUCUCAAGUAGGUAGUCUAGUGGAGCAUAAACAGUGGUGUAGAGAAUCACAAAUGGGGGAAAAAAAAAAAAUCCCGUAAUUAUUUUCUUGACCUUGAAUAUGAUUUAUUGGAAUAGCUCCCUCUAGAGGUAGUAGCUGGCGUGAUUCCCUUUUCUAGAGACCCUGGGUGGCCCCCCCCCCCCCCGGCGGCCCUGUCCACUAGGGUAUGAUUGAGUCAUACUGCCCGAAGCUGACUGGUUCCAGCAUAACCACCUGAGCCACUCUGGCCGAUCCGUCCUUUUCUUGUCAACAAUUUGAAAUCUGAAAUGGAGAGACCCAGAACAUGAGAGGCAUUGUAGCUAAGUCCUACAGUGGUGAUGGCAGCCAAGAAGCAAGCCUCCAGGUGCUGUUCCUGUAACUCCCGGAGUGACCUUGGAUCCCGCCUUCCCACGUCUGGGCUGUGUAACUCCUCCUCCUGCCUCAAAACACCCAUUAUCCCUGGUUUUGUUUUGGUGUUUGUUUUUUAAAGGAAGUUUUUGGCUUGAACUAGCCAGAAUCACUUUCUGUUGCUUGCAACUAAAGGAAACCUCAUUAACUUACUUACUACUAGGGUAUUUUUAUAGCCCUGUACCCCACUGAUAACUGCCUCCCGUUAUCUGAAGCACAACAACGUGGAAAAGAGAUGAAAUGUAUUCUCUGGAGCUCCAAAGAACCCAGAGGUGGGAGUUGCAUGAACAUAGAUUUUCCUCUCUCAGUUCGGGGAGAGACUUCAGACAACCAGGGCUGCCUAAGGGGGAGUGGACUGUUAGGUAGCAAGUGUCUCCAGAAGCAUUCGAUCCCUGGUAGUCAGGAGUUUUAUAGAAGGGAUUCAUGUGCUGGUACCUACGAGCCAGGCAGAUUUCAAUGAAGCUUUACUUUACAUAUUUGUUUCUGAGAGCUACGUAUGUGCGUAUAUACACGUACAUAUGUAUAUUUCAUUUUCCAGGUAUAAAAUUGUUACAGAGAUGAUACCUUUUUUUUUUUUUAAGAUUUUGUUUAUUUAUUUGAGAGAGAGAAUGAGAUAGAGAGAGCAUGAGAAG